AUGGACCCUUCACUCCUGGGCGAUCUCCCAGACGGCUUCGAUGGCUUUAAUUUCAACCACACUUCAGCCCUUGAUACUCUUCUGCAUCUGUGUGGAGAGGCAAAUCAAUAUUCUGUAUCCCCAACCUCCCAAGCCGGCGCUGCUUUCCUAUCAGGAUCUGACUUCUCUCUCAAUCAAGAUUCGUCAAGUGAUGAUAUUACGCUCUUGGCGGUUGAUCAUGAUUUCCUCGCAUAUCUCGACAAUCGCUUCAAUUGGCCAGAUGAUUCACCCAAUGUGGCGGCCGAUACUAUUCUGCCAACCCUCAGGGUCACCAACGCCUCACCCUCAUCUACAUGUACCAUGACCGAACCGUCUGGGAAGCAUGGCAGCUCAUCUAUACGUAGCCCAAGUCCCAGUCAAUGCGAUGGCGGUGUUGAUUCUAGCGAUUCAUCCAAACUCGCCCGUGUCAAACAUUCGCCAUCCUCAUCUUUUGGCUCAAACAUGAGACUUAAGCGGAACAUGGACCGAGUGAAAGAACUAGAACAAAGUCAGCCAACACGUUUCAAGAGUAAGGAGGGAGCGAAAGAAAUAAGGAAAGCUCGAAGUCGGGUGAACGCUCAAAAUGCCCGAAAGAGGAAAAAGGAGCGACUCGAAGAAUUAGAGAAACAAGUGGCAGAGCUGACCGCACGGUGUGAGAAUUACAAGAAUGAUCCGUCUGUCCAAGAUGAGACUCGCUCGUUACGUACUGAGAACGAUACGCUCAAAUUGCAACUUACCCAGAUGUCCAAUAAUGCUUUGCAUCUUCAUAGUGAACUAUCAUUUGCCAAUGAGAGGAAUGAAACUCUUGAAUCUCUAUUGGUUUCUCUGUCACAUCCGGGAGGUGAGAAUAGCAGUUACAUGUUAUGUCAAGAAAGCCUCAAGAGUGAGAGAAGGUUAGAAAUGAGUCGAUAUAUCUUGGGUCGUCUGAAUACACCCACGAUAAGAGACCUACACGAUAAGUCGGGCAGAAUAUACCCGGAAUUAGAAGAGUAUGUAAGGGAACGAACACGGGAAGAUCUGUCGAGGAAUGUCCUGGUGAGAGUCAGAGAGCAGCAGAGGUCCAAGAAGGAAGAAUAG